UUGGCAACAAAAAUCCUAAGCACUUGGAACCAUGGAAAGCAAGAAAUGGCAGUGGCUCUGCCUUGUGGUGGCACAUUGCAUUGGCCUACUUGCAUUUUCUUUUGCUAUAGAGUCUCCACAAUACAAGAUCCAGCACUCAUGGCCUGAUAUUGAGGUCAGAAUAUACAAAGAAUCAUCAUGGAUUUCUGCACCAGUCCAAGGUGCCAGCACGCCUUUCCAGAAUUCCACGGAAUCCGGCUUCCACAGGUUGUAUCAAUACAUUCAUGGUGCAAACCUCGACUCUAUCAAGUUUAUGAUGACAGCUCCUGUCCUAACCAACAUCAACCAAACAGAAAAUGGAACUGAUUACUAUGUGAAAUUCUAUGUCCCAGAAAAAUAUGAGGCUGCUCCUCCACUUCCCUCACCUGCAUUAAAUCUGCAGGUUGAGAAAUGGAGAACACAAUGCAUAGCAGUAAGGAAAUUUUCUGGGUUUGCCAAGGAUGAAAAUGUCCAUAGCGAAUUUGAAGCUUUUUUAACAAGUUUACGUAAAUUAUUGGCUGGAAAGUCGACCGGUUUAAGAGAUAAAUCUUCCUUCACCAUCGCACAAUACAACGCUUCAUUUCAUCUUUCGGGACGAUUAAAUGAAGUAUGGAUGAACGUAUCAGAGCUGGAAAUUGACGGAUGUUAGUAGUUAUCUGUUACUCCUUUGUGUGUGAUUGUGCGUAAUAGUAGCAGGUACAACAUGAAGUUGGUUCUACGUAAAAAUUAUUAUUAAUAAGUCAAGAACGUUCAGCCAAUAUACUUGGUAUCGAGUACUGAAUUUUACUACUUUUUGUUCUUUCAUAGUUUCCUGUACUAUACCAUCUACCUUACCGAUCAGUAUAAAGCAAAUCUAGCCAAAUCAUAUAUGAACUUUUUAUAUUUGUAAUAGUAUGUUGAACAUGAUUAUUCAGCACACCCAUCAUUUAGUACAACAUUAUUCAUAAUAUACCCAUGCCUUAUAACUUGUAGGUCUCUUGUAAAGAAAUUGGUCCACAACAUUCACCUUUACAUUUCUGGUAUGUGCUAAAUCCUAAACA